CUAACCGUCUCUCUUCCCUCAUACUUGAUCAUAUUUCAUGAAGUCCUUUGGGUGUUACACAUCAGCUGUUCCACUGUAUUUUAUGGUCGUGCUGCCGUGAGACAGUUGGAAAGUCUCGACCCGUUCAUCCGCUGCCGUUCACCCGCACAAUGACCUACCGGCGGACCUACGGGAGUCAGACGGUUACCGUGUUUUUGAUCGCUCUUCACGUCUUGUCAAUUACAAUAUGCUUCGGUGAAGAUGUGCGCUCCUCCAACAAGACCACUGAAGGGAGACCACUUACGACAACCAAUCAGCAGAGGUCUACCGCCAAGCUGAAACACUACGGGACAACUGUACCUCUCCUAUUGGUCGGAGAAGAAUGGAGACCAGUCACUCUGCUCCAAUCACAGGGCCAUCCUGCGUCUCUGAAGGUGCUGAUAGAAACAGAGGAGGAACAGCUGCUCCUGAUUCUGGAGAAAAACCAUGGUCUGUUUGCCAGUCACUACACAGAAACACACUACCUGAAAGAUGGCAGCGCGGUCACCGGCUCUCACAACCUCACGACGAACUGCUAUUACCAUGGAAUGGUGCAGGGACACAUCUAUUCUGACGUCACCCUCAGUACCUGCUCAGGUCUCAGUGGCUUCAUCUCACUAGAAAACAGAUCCUACGUGUUGGAGCCGUCAACUGAUCCCUCCAGUGGAUCCCACAGGAUCUACCGGUCAGAACAGCUCAACCUCACACCUGGCUCGUGUGGCCAUGGCUUCAACAUAUCACUGGUUCAUGGAGACACCCAGAACAGCCAAUCAGACAGCCCCUUCGGAGCCUUCAGCACAGGUAAAUGA